AAAGUUAAUGCUGAAACACAUUCAAUCUUCUCGACUAUCAAUUUGAUCUUGUAACCCUGCAUAACCCAGUCACAGUCAUAUAACAACUUUGGAAUGAACAAUUGGGGGAAAGAUCAUGCUUUACUUAAUUCACACUAUUCGCGGUAAGCUAGCUAGUAAAAGUUAUGCCAAGUUUGCAUAUAGGCUAGCAAGCUCACAAAAUGGUCCUUCUAAUAAAAAACUCAAGGUGAUCCCGUUUGCUCAACACGUCAAAGCUGCUGAAAAGACGUUCGAAGACUAUCAUGGAAAGGGUUUUUUUUCUGCGCGCAUAUCACAAACAUCACCACCAGAACAAGUGUUUCUUCCGUUUUGGGUGGUAUCAGCCACAGUUCAUGCCACUAUUGAGCAAGCACAAGUGGGUAGGCGUGUCAUGAAGACAAAAUACAAUUCAGCAACAAAAAGGAAUGAAACGGUUUGGGAUACAGAGUGGGCUUGGGUUCCUGAGCAACAUAGUUUCUCAAGAGACUAUGUGCCUCUCGCUCACCCUAGCUUACAAAUUUACGCCUCACAUCGUUAUAGAAGAGGACUUGUUGAGCAUAUUACUACUGGCCCAGCACUUGAAAAUGCAGUACCCUUUUCGCCUGAUAUCAUCAACAGCAAGACAAGCGACAUAGUACGAAAAAUAGAUCCGUUUACGAUCUAUCCCUCAACUGCUCUACGCUUUGCCACGUCUUAUUUUCAAAAGACUGAAGAGAGUUUAGCUGAUGAUUUCUUGAGAAAGCUGUACAAUAUGGACGAAACACGACUCGUCAAGAUCAAAAUUCAACUGGAGAAUGUAAGCGCUUCACCUAUAUACUAUCCCGCCUUUGUUUUUUCUGUCAACUACCUUGGAAGAAGAUUACGGACCUUUAUCAAUGGUUAUGAUUUGACUAUAGGAGGUACAAAAGUAUACAAUUGGGAAAGAGUAGCUGCUGCUUCUGCAUUGAGCAUGGCUGCUGCUAUGACUGCCACUGGAGGCAUUGGAUGGGGAGGUGCUAGUGGAUCAUUUUGGUUAGGUGUUGUAUUGCCUACAGUAGCUGCUUCGAUUUUCACAUUGUAUUUGCCUAUUUUAUCUUUGUAUGUUCGAGACUUGAUGCGAUCUCAAGAGAUACGAUCAAUGGCACAAGAUCGGCAAGUUUGGGAUGAUGAUUGGGUUAAAGGAUAUGCAGCAUUUGAAGAUCAAGAAAGACGACGUACAUGGCGUGAGGAAAAGGCCUAUCAGUCUUCCUCAUCCUGGGGCAGCACAAAAACAAAUGCAAGCAGCGGCUUUGCAAGUGAUCCAAAGGGAUACUAUCGAGCUCUGGGCGUGAAUAGUUCUGCUAGCCAGUCUGAUAUUCAAAGCGCAUUUAGAGGCCUUGCAAUGAAAUAUCACCCUGAUAGAUAUACAGAUGCAGAAGAGAAACAACAAGCCAAAGUCAAAUUUCAGCAAGUAUCCGCAGCAUAUAGUGUAUUAAGAGACGCCAAGAAGCGAAAGCAAUAUGACCAAACAGGACAUGAUGGCUAGAAUAAUCAUGAUUUCUGCACUUUAUUAAAAAAUUCUAGAAAUUAAGCAGAGCAUGAGAUACAUAAGUGAUAUUUAUAUUGUUACCUAUAUUAGAUUAUAAGAAGGAGCAGAGAAUAGAAGGGAGAUAAGUUAGUAACAUAUAUUACCUAGUGUAUGUAAAAUAUUUACACAGAUAUGAGGAGGUAGUUGAAUACCGCUAUCUUGUCAAUUGCAUAAUUGC